AUGGGUAUCUGUAGUUCAACAUGCUGUGGAGGCCGAUCCCGAGAUAGUCUCUACGAGCCUGUCCUCGCCGACAGCGAACGUGAGGCUGUUGCCGACCUUUUGCAGUUCCUCGAAAACCGUGGCGAGACAGACUUCUUCUCCGGCGAACCCCUCCGAGCACUCAGCACCUUAGUCUUUUCUGAAAACAUAGAUCUUCAACGCAGCGCAAGCUUAACCUUCGCCGAAAUUACCGAGCGCGAUGUCCGUGAGGUCGACCGUGAUACCCUCGAACCUAUCCUAUUUCUCUUGCAGAGCUCUGAUGUCGAGGUCCAAAGAGCCGCCAGUGCUGCACUGGGAAACCUUGCUGUCAACACUGAGAACAAGGUCCUCAUCGUCCAGCUCGGCGGCCUUACCCCCUUGAUUAGACAGAUGCUGUCACCAAAUGUUGAAGUCCAAUGCAAUGCCGUCGGGUGCAUCACCAACCUCGCUACACACGAGGAAAACAAGGCUAAGAUUGCUCGCUCCGGCGCUCUGGGACCGCUUACCAGGCUUGCCAAGUCAAGAGAUAUGCGUGUCCAGCGUAACGCUACAGGAGCUCUGCUCAACAUGACUCACUCUGAUGAAAACCGCCAACAACUCGUCAAUGCUGGUGCUAUCCCAAUUCUCGUACAGCUCCUCGCUUCGCCCGAUGUCGACGUUCAAUACUACUGCACCACUGCUCUUAGCAACAUUGCCGUUGAUGCCAAUAACCGCAGAAAGCUGGCCUCGUCAGAAGCUAAGCUUGUGCAAGCCUUGGUCGCUCUCAUGGAGUCUUCCUCUCCCAAGGUCCAAUGUCAGGCAGCUCUCGCUCUCCGGAAUCUGGCUUCCGACGAAAAGUACCAACUCGACAUUGUCCGAGCCAAUGGUCUGACGCCUCUACACCGUCUCAUCCAAUCUUCAUACCUUCCAUUGAUUCUAUCCGCGGUCGCUUGCAUUCGCAACAUUUCUAUCCACCCUUUGAACGAGUCUCCCAUCAUCGAAGCAAACUUCCUCAAACCUCUUGUCGAUCUGCUCGGCUCUACUGAGAACGAAGAAAUCCAAUGUCAUGCCAUCUCGACUCUGCGGAACCUCGCCGCUAGCUCCGACAGAAACAAGGCCUUGGUUGUUGAUGCCGGUGCCGUGCAAAAAUGCAAGCAGCUCGUGCUCGAUGUUCCUGUCACCGUUCAGUCUGAAAUGACUGCCGCUAUUGCUGUGCUGGCUCUCAGCGAUGAUCUCAAGUCUCACCUGCUCAACCUCGGCGUCUGUGACAUUUUGAUCCCCUUGACUCACUCGCCAAGCAUCGAGGUACAGGGCAACAGUGCUGCUGCCCUCGGAAACCUCUCAUCCAAAGGCAUGUACCCUCCUGACAAACGUCUUGGCGAUUACUCAAUUUUUGUCCAAAACUGGACCGAACCCGAUGGCGGCAUUCAUGGCUACCUGUGUCGCUUCCUUCAGUCAGGCGAUGCCACUUUCCAACAUAUUGCUGUCUGGACCUUGCUUCAACUAUUCGAAUCGGAAGACAAGUCACUGAUUGGUCUCAUUGGUAAGGCCAAUGAGAUCAUCGAACACAUUCGAAAUAUUGCGAACCGCCAAAUCGAUACAGAGCCCGAGCUUGAGGAAGAAGAUGAGGGUGAAGCUGUGAAUCUGGCUCAACGUUGCCUGGAGCUCCUUGGACAGAGCAUGUCCAAGGCCCACAUCGAAGGUUGA